AUGCCAAAGUUCCCGCCGUUGUGGAAUUUCAUUCAUCGCCAUACGAGCUUCAUUUCAAAACAACUCAACGAUUACUGUGGUGUGGACAUCGGGAAUGUUGGCCGUACUGGUAGUCCAGAACAGACAAGGGGGAGAAGAGGAGGUGGAGUCGAGGUUGUGGUUCUAAAUGUUGUGAAUCAUUUUUUUGAGUGUUUGUCGUUGAAAUUGGGGGUGGUGGAUAUGGCAUCGUUGUCAUUGCCGCGAGUGUUACAACAACGAAAGACAAGCCUAGAAUUGGAAAGAGAAAACUUCGAAAAAUUUCAGGAGAAGGGCGGCGCCACGUUCUGGGCGUGCGCGCUGCGCCUGCCGCUGCAGGAGCACCGUAUCGUGGCCUGGAAGUUCUGCCACGUGCUGCACAAGGUGCUGCGCGAGGGCCACCCCCACGUGGUCACGCACUCGCAGCGCCACCGCUCCACCAUCGAGGACCUGGGCAAGCUCUGGUGUCACCUUAGAGAAGGAUAUGGAAAGCUGAUCCAGUUAUAUUGUCAACUGCUUAUCACAAAACUGGAUUUCCAUCGAAGGAACCCACGUUUCCCUGGUAACCUGCAAGUGUCCAGAGAGGAGCUGGAAAGUAUUGGAGAGAACGACAUCAACACUUACUUUGAGAUGUCAGUAGAAAUGUUUGAUUAUAUGGAUGAAAUACUAAACCUCCAGACAGCUAUUUUUGGUUCUCUGGACAUGUCUAGAUCAAAUUCAAUGAUGAGUAGUGGACAAUGUCGUUUAGCUCCUUUAAUUCCUUGCAUUCAAGACUCUUCACAGCUUUAUGACUACUGUGUAAAAAUUCUCUUCAAACUUCAUGCAAGUCUUCCUCCUGACACUCUUGCUGGUCACCGUGAGCGGUUUUUAAAGCAGUUUAGAGAAUUACGUCAAUUCUACUUGACAGCCAGCACUCUGCAGUACUUCAAGACUCUCAUUCACAUUCCCCCACUACCUGAGAACCCUCCCAAUUUUCUAGUGCAAGCUGAACUCCGGAGCUAUGUGCCACCAGUGGUGGUACUGCCACCGGAGGAGACCACUCCCUCAGAACACGACUCUGCAGAUGGCAACCUUAUAGACACCUCUGACACUGGUUCCACUGGAGAUCUGGUGGAUUUGAACCAUCACAAUGGGUCUGUUUCUCCAGAUAUUGUUGCUGAGAGGGACAAUCUUUUGCAAGCAGUUUCACGAUUAAAAAUGGACUACCAACAGAGAUUUCAAGACUAUCAACAUCAAGUUCAAACACUCAGAGAAACCAUAGUAGAAUUGGAGACAGAUUUGGCCAAAAAGGACAGUGAGCUAUUGCAGGAGAGACAGUUAAAGGAUGACCUCCUCCAGCAGACUGAAGAAAUGUCGAAGUAUCAUGAAACGGAAAAAAAAGCGAAAACCAUAGAGGAGAAAUUUCAGAAACUGAAAGAUGUGUAUACAAAGCUGAGAGAGGAACAUAUCCAAUUGAUCCGACAGAAAGCUGCAUUGGAGAAGGAACUUAGACUUUGUGACAAAAUGACAACAUUUGCUAAGGCAGCUAACAAUCUGAUUGUAUCUAUUGUAAGGAAUAUCAUUAUUUUAUGUCCUUAUUCUUUUCAGCACAAGAAAGCAGAUGUUGAUAAGCAACUCAUCAGUGCAAAAACAGCCAGUGAAACUGCUGCUCGUUCUCGUGCAGAAGCAGAAGCAAAGCUUCAGGAAAUGGCCUAUGAAAAGCAAAGAACAGAGGUUAUGCUUCAGCAGUCAUCAGUAGAUACGGAGGCUGAACUGUCAACACUGCGUCAGGCUAAGGAAGAAGCAAAGAAUGAAAAUCAGGUACUGACUUCAAAAGUCGACUGGGUGCUAAAUGAAAAGAGCAUUUUAGAAGGAGAGUUGCAGGACUUGUUGGCACAAAAAGAAGACCUUGAUGUUCGGCUGCAGGAAAUGGACCAACAGUUUAACAUUAUGGAAGCACAACUGCGAGCCCAAGCACAAGAGUACCUUCAGCGUUUGUUGGUUGCGUGUGUGACUCAAGCAGAAGCCAUUGUUCAAAAGUCUGUUCAUGAAGUAGAUAAUCCUGCUCUUUCAGCAGUAGUAUGCACACCAGAUUAUUUCCAAUCUUUGACUGAGCCUGUUCUAAAGUCUUUGGAGAGCUUUAAUACAUCCUUUAGUAGUCUUGCUGAAAAUGACAAUGAAAUUGAGAGAAUUGAAGAAGUUCUGAAGAAUAUAAUAAUCGUUGCCCAUCUGCUGGCCAAUUUUCUCAUUCAAGGAAAAACAACAUCGAAUACUUCACCUGAUAUUGAAUUUGGAGAUAGAUUAUCAGAAUCUUGCAAGAAAGUGGGAACAGAAGCUUUAACUCUGUUAGAAUGCGUCAGGGACUCAACCAGGAAGCAAGAAGUCACAAGUCGCAUUCUAACAGUCAGAAAUCAAGUUAAUGAAGUCUCUGAAAUGGUGUCAAAACUCACUUCUCAAUUAAAAGGAAACUCUGCUGAGAUGAUUGAAGAUAUGUUGGAAGAUGAAUUGUCUCGCAUGGACAAAGCCAUUGAGGAAGCCGCCAAACGCAUAGAGGAAAUGUUGAGCAAGUCUCGAGCAGCAGACUCUGGCUUGAAGCUGGAAGUGAAUGAGAAGAUCUUGGAUUCCUGCACAAAUUUGAUGCAAGCUAUUAGAAUAUUGGUGCAGAAGUCAAGGUUGCUCCAGGCCGAAAUUGUUGGCCAAGGAAAGGGAACUGCUUCUGCAAAGGAGUUCUACAAACGCAACCAUCAGUGGACUGAAGGUCUGAUAUCGGCAGCUAAAGCUGUUGGUGUUGGAGCGAAGUUCUUAUUGACAGCUGCUGACAAGGUGGUAAGUGGCCAAGGAAAAUUCGAACAGUUGGUUGUGGCUUCUCAAGAAAUAGCUGCCAGUACAGCUCAGCUUGUUGUGGCCAGUCGAGUAAAAGCAGAUCGACACAGCAAGAACUUGGGAGAACUGGGAGCUGCUUCAAAGGGAGUCACCCAAGCAACAGGUCAAGUUGUUGCUACAGCAAAAGAUUGCUCACAGAUGGUGGAAGAAAAUGAGGACCUGGAUGUGUCAGGACUGUCACUGCACCAGGCUAAGCGCUUGGAGAUGGAGUCACAAGUCCGUGUUCUUGAGUUGGAACAAGCUCUGCAGCAAGAGCGAUUGCGAUUGGCUGCCCUGCGCAAACAGCACUAUCAGCUGGCUGGAGAAGUCGAGGGAUGGGAUGCAGAGGUUUAUUCUGAGAUAGAUGGCAAUUCAGCAGAAUGUCUAGCAUCUCACUAUCCAGCAAGCAACAAAAUGAUACCAAAUGAACUUGCCAGAUGUGUUGUUUAACCAAGCAGUGAAAUGCUGUUUGCUUGAACAAAUGAUACCAUGUUUUCAGUACAAUUGUAAAUCUUUUCUGUUAAUUUUAGUUUUGUUCACUGGAUUAAUUUGUUUUUAAAUAUUGUACACAUGCUCCCCAGUAUUAUUGUAGUUGAACAGUGCAGUUUGGGAUUUUAACAAACUGAACAUUCUCAUCUUAUUUUAAAUGCAUUAAUCUUAAUUCAUACAUCUCAUAUGUGUUACUUCUAACAAGGUUGUGUCUUGCGGGACCUCUCAGGGAUUGGAAGGAGUAUAGAAUACAGAUGUAAAUUUGCAGUUGCAAUGAAAACCAGAAGCUCAUGCAGGCCCUUGAUAUUAGUUUGCAUUGCUGGGGGAGCUUACUGCAAACACAGGUUAGAUUUUUCUGUAUAAAGUUCCUUUCAGUAACUUCAUUAAGUGUAAGUAGGUAAUUGAACACACACAAUGAGAAAAGAGAGAAGCUGCUGUGAAACAGUAGCAGUCUCAAAGGAGCAAAACAUGGUGAAUGAAAUCCUUUCUCUAUGUUACUGUCUCAUCCGUCUUGUAGCAGUGCUCAGUGCUGGCCUCAUGGGUGCUGUGCUUGUUGAGAUAGAAAUAAAAAGAAAUUAGAAUGGCAUCCUGGCAUGUAAAACUGAUAUUUUGUUGAUAUUACACUUGGUAGCUAAAGCCAGUGAUGAACCGGAGCUUUAUUAUUUGUUUUAAAUGGACAUAGGUAUGUGGUAAUGCUAGCUCUCGAGUGAAGUCUGACAUUGUUGUACCUUACUCUGUGGGAGACUAAGUAUUCAUUUGUAGGUGGUGAGGAACCACUCUAAAACCUUUGGAAAGACUGGUGGAGCUUGGGCAGGAAGCAGUCACUGCUGGCUCAGAAAACGUAUUUGCUCAGAUGAGUUGGCUGUUUAUGAGUAAGUUAGAGAUGAAAUCAUAUUUUGAGUAUGUUAUCCAUUUACAGUAUGCUAAACUUCUAAGAAGUGAAGAUGAUAUCUGAAAGUGUGGUGGUAGAAGAAGAAAUUUAUCUUUUUCAUGUACAACCCUGUUAGUUUUCUGAUCAAACUGGAAAGUGUCAGACAAUUUUUUUUUUUUCAUAGAAAGUAGUCUGUAUUUCAGCAUGUCAUUGCAGUGAUGUUAAUGCUGAAUGUGCUGUAAUUAUUCAGAAAUUUGCAUUUUGUGUGUUCACUGUCAUAUUGGUGUAUCUAUGUAACGUGUGUAUGAAUAAUAUGUUGACAUCAUACUGAUGUCUUUAUGGAUGGUUAUUAGAUGGAAUUAUUCUUAAUCUAAAAUUAAUACAUGUUAACAUCUAGUGAAAUGCAUCAGUAAUUGAACACUGACAUAAUUUGUGAAUUUAAUAUUUGUCUUUAUCAAAUCUGAAAUAAUUUUAUUUAUGGUAACUACAAUUCAGAUUUGACUGUAUUUAUAUGUAGCCUUAAUUUUGUAAAAUAUAAUUAUUAUAAUAGUAUAAUAAUUUUUACUGUCAUGAUAUUGAAAAUUAUUUCUCUUGUAACGUAUAUUUAUAAAACUUUUGAU